AAGAAUAAUAUCUACCUGUUUUUAAUAUAUUAAAUACAGGUUAUAUCACAAACAUCUUACAUUCAUUUUAAUGUAGCACUAUCAAAAGGUUUUAAAACUGGAUUAAGAUUACAAAAUUUAACAAACAUUGAUAUAAUCUAGGGAAUUAAUUUUUCCCCUCUUCUCUAAGGUUUCGAUUGCCGGUGAAGUAGCGUCAGUGGUAUUUAUAAAUACAAACAUAUUUGUGAAGAAAUGUAAUUCAAUUCAACAAUCUAAGGAAGACGCAGCAUCAGUUAUUUGUCAAACCAAUAAUUUUGUAAAAUUAUAAUUGAUAUGGCUAAACCGGGUUCAGAAUCGGAACAUGACGACAAGGACAAGAAAAAGGAAAGAGGUCGGGAGCGUAGGAAACGCAGCGAAUCUGGAUCAUCCAGUAGCGAUAGCAGUAGGAGUUCUUCAGAUAGCAGUUCUUCCAGUUCAAGAUCUUCUUCUUCAUCUAGUUCAGGAUCUAGUUCUAGAUCAUCCAGCUCUUCAUCUGAAUCUUCAAGCUCUAGUAGUGGAAGGGACAGAUCGAGGCCAAAGAGACGAUCCAGGUCUGUAACCAAAUCAACACGUAGAAGUAAAGAGAGGAAGGACAAAGAAAAAGAAAGAGAGAAGGAUAAAAAGGAUGACAGAGAAACUGGAGAUGCUAAGAAAGAUGACAAAAGAGAUAGUCUUAAGAGAAAGUUAUCUCCAACCAGGGAUGAUAAAAAUAAUUCACGUCGAUCCAGGUCGAGAUCAGAUCGCAAACGUCGCAAGCGUUCUCCAACACCUCGUCCAACCAAGAUCCACAUUGGACGUCUUACGAGAACCGUAACUAAGGAACACAUAACCGAAAUUUUCGGCAAUUACGGCACCAUCAAAAACGUGGAAUUCCCAAAGGAACAUGUUCAACCACAUUUGGGUCGUGGUUAUUGUUAUGUAGAGUUUAGCACCGCAGACGAAGCCGAGGACGCCAUGAAGCAUAUGGACGGUGGUCAGAUCGAUGGACAAGAAAUCACGGCCGCCCCGGUUUUGAUUCCGAAGCCGAGACCGAUGCCGCCGAGGAGGUCGCCUCCAAUGCAUAUCCGCAAUCGGAAUAUGCAUCGCAGGUCUCCGCCCAGGUUUAGAAGGAGAUCUCCGUUGAGACCUCCUAGAAGGAACUCACCAAGGAGGCGUCCACAUUCGAGGAGCCCACCGCCCAGAAGGAGGAAGCAUAGCAGAUCUUCAUCAAGCAGUUCCAGAUAAUUUUAAGUUUUGAUUUAUGGAUGUCAUAAUUUUCAUACACUUGUCUUAAUUGUAAUUUGUUCUUAAUAAAUAAUGGAUGGAAAAGAA